AUGAAAACGCCUCGACAUGAAGAUCGUCACUCUAUGAUUUCUGCUUCCAGUACUGGCAGUAGCGGCUUAGCGGAGAUAUCAAGCCAACGAUCAGCUGGUGGACAACUGCGGCGGUUCACCGCUGGAGUAGGGAAACCGGGACAGGCUCGAGAAGCUCGUGAAGCAGUACGAACAGCAAUGAGUACAAUGAAUCCGACGCGUAAACGACCAUUGGCGGAACCACUGGAUUAUGAAAAAUUUUUGGGAGAGAACAAUUCGAUAAUAGAAAAUCUUAACCAACGAGAACUGCUACUGUUUCCGCGCGAUGACUUUACGGAAAUAUUAGUAUCACCAGUGGAACGUACAGUAGUGCCAUCAUUAAGUAUACGAGAUAUAAAAGAAGCGAAAUGGUUACUUACUCAAGAAGUCCUCGCAUUUUACAUUGCUUCAUAUCGUGUUGUUCGUUUCAAUUACGUUCAGUUUGGUUCUGAUUAUCACAGUAGCUCCGAUUAUGAUAUCGAUCUUCAGCCAUUAAUUUAUGAAAGUGAUAUGGUCUAUGAUGAAAAAAAAGAGGAAUUGGAGGGUCGCUACAAUUCAGAUAUUAUUCGAGAAGGAUUCUUGUUUCUUGUUCCAGAAACUAGUCUUUUGGAUAAUUUCAAAAGCAUGAAGAGACGUUACUGUGUGCUGAGGAAAGAUGAAGACGGGAAGGUUCUUCUAGAAAUGCGAAAAUCACAAUUUGCGACAUUAACGCAUCCACCAAUGAUUAUAAAGCAGGCAGCUUUAUCGACUAGUAAAAAAGGCAGAAAUGUUCUUGAAGUGACUGGAUCUGGUGCAGAAAGGCGUUCAUGGGUUUUAGCAGCUGAUUCUGAUAGCGAUUUACCGCGAUGGUUAAUUGAAAUUGAUCGUGCUUUGGCUGGCGAUUGCAAAGAUGGAAUACCUUCGACAAGUGGCAGUAUAGGAGUAGAAUCAGCAGGCUCAGGAACCACAGAAACAAGUGACGAACAAGUCUCGACUGCGACUAAUGAUUCUAGCGAGCUAUCUGGAACUUGCUUUUGGGCUGAGCGCAACGCUGCUUCAAAAGCCUUGCAGCCGCCUGUUGUUAAAAGACAUUCACUGUUCGCACUAUAUCCCGAUCUCGAUCGAUUAUCAAUGCCAAAAAGUGAAGCAGGCUGUUUGUUGGAGAACAUUGUUGCAAAUGAGAUAACAAGGCCUCCGGAAGAUAAGACGGUGGUUCGGUUUGUUGUGGAGUUUCUGAAUUUGAAUAUUAUGUUGCCCAUUUCAAAUACAAAUUUACAGCAGAUUGAACCUUUCUUUCUGCGCACAUUUCUGUACGAUUGUCGAGCUGGUCAUCGAUUGUCCGAAGAAUUUCGAAUUGAUCCGAACAGCGACGAAUUAAUGGCGACACUGAAAAUUAGUGGCAGAAAUGGAGCUAGCAAGAAUUUAGUUGAUAAAAGCACAUUGGAAGAAGAUGGUGUUAACACUCUGCCCCAGCGAAUACUUGCGGAUAAAAACGUCCGAAAGGUUGUAUAUUCAAUUGCCAAGCCACAUCGUGAUAUUUACUUGGUUGUUCGUGUUGAUCGAUUGCUGUCGGUCGAUACAUCGGCAGAAAUGUAUAUGAAAACAACUAAUGAUCUAAAAGGUGUCACAAAGUUGCAGAAAAUAAUUCAGCAGGCCUGUUCGAAAGCGACUCAGGAUAAAAUGUCUUUUGCUUGGGCUGCAAGACCUGUAUUUCAAGAAAUGUUGGGAUGUGGAACGAAACUGCCGAAUGAAAUGCAACUCUAUCGUUGUGAAGGAAAUAGAUUAAGUGACGGAGAUUUGCAAAGGAUUCUCGUCGAUUUUGGACGAAUCGAAAAAUCCGGAAGACUGACACAAUUACCAACGGCAACUAUCAGUAUGAAUAUUGACUUCUCAUCAAAAGUAUCCGAACUGUCAAUGUGUAUAAAUCCGAGUUUUAUGCCUGUUCGUCCAUGGAAUGCAGCAUCAGAUAGUCUUGUAUCAGCCUGCUUUGAAGCCCAAUCUUUCAACGAUUUUGUUAGCGAACCGCAUACGAGCUUUUUCAAUUUACUCUAUGUUUAUCCAUUAACACUCAAGUAUGAUGGCCAGAAAGCAUUUAAUAAAGCGCGUAAUAUCGUGUGUACUGUGCGUUUCAUUUCUGCAACCGGAAAAGAAGAUGCAUCCAAAGUCAUUUACAAUCGAUUUGCAUCGCCUACACCAUUUGUACAUAGUAUGCGUUGCUCAGUACAGUAUCACGAGCAAAAUCCGGUCUUUAAUGAUGAGAUAAAAAUUCAGUUGCCAGUUUCAUUAGAUAUCGGCGAUCAUUUAUUAUUUUCAUUUAGUCAUGUGUCGGUUGCAGGCACUGCUUCGAAUAAAUCUCAGAACGAGAAUUCUGAUAGUCCUAUUGGAUAUGCAUGGUUACCUUUGUUAAAGAAAGAUCGUUUGAUUAUCGAACGUGAUGAUCAGGAGUUUGCAUUAUCGGUGGCUACUGAUUUACCAUCCGAUUAUAUAAACUACCAAUUGCUAGGAUUUGGAAAAGGGCAUAUUGGUCCAGAUAUCCAUUGGGUAGAUAGUGGCAAACAGUUAUUCCGUGUGCGUUUGCGGCUUGUUUCUUCAGCAUUUACAACGGAAACAAAGUUACAAGCAUUCUUUCAAAGUUGUCAGAGAUUUCAGCGUGCAGGUCUGGUCGGCGAUGCAUCGUCAAAAACCAAAUGGUCCAAUCCGUCGGGUUCAGUUUCGCCAGUUAGCAAUACACCGCCGUCACCUUCCUUAUUAGCGGUCACGCGUUCCUGUUCACCGUCUGUCGAAAAUUGUGGAAUUUCGAGUGAGGAGAAACUUUGGCGUUACGUAGUACAGAAAAUCGAGGAACUGUUAGAGGUCGAAAUAGAUAGAAUCAUUCCGUUCUUACCGGUAACUUUGAAUCGGUUAUUUACAUUGUUGCCAUAUUCAUCAACCGACGAAAUAGCUUUGAGCACUUUGGGCACGCUGAUUGGUAUUGCUGAUAAAAUUGCUGCGGCAGGUCAAAGUCAUCUUUUGCGUACAUUUAUCAUUUAUUAUUUCCAAUCAACGACAGUGAAAAGCAAAUCAAACCAUGCGGAUGAAACUGUACAUUCAGCCUUAUGCAAGCACAUUACUUCGCAUGUCAGCUAUAUUCAGGCCGAUAGUGACUCACUUGCCUCAACAUUUCGGCAACUUUGGUUUCUUCUGGUUGUUGUUGCGAAGAGUAUGGCAUUGUGGUUGCUUGAUGUCGGUUUAUAUAAGGUAUCAAGAGAAAAUCGUUUUUCGGAAGAAUUGCUAUUUAGAAUUGAGCAGUUAAUCGAUAAAGUUGUAUCUCUUAUCAUAGCAAAGCAUCGAGAUAUUCCUCAAGAAUGUCGAUUGGCAAGUUCGGCUGUAGCUUAUUUCUUGAGGUACUGCUUGAGUUUUAUGAAUCGUGGAUCCGUAUUCUCCUUGAUACAUCGCACUGUUGAAAGCAUGGAUGAAAGUUGCUCAAGGACUAUGCUUGAUUAUAAACUGGAAUUUUUGCACAUAAUUAGCAGUCAUGAGCACUGGAUACCACUAUGCUUGCCGCUUAUGUGCGAUGUUUCCGGAAAUAUAUUCAGGAAGAACAGUCCACCAAGUACAGAUAACAUAUUCAUGAACUCUAAUGCCAGCAGUCUGUUUACCAGUUUAUUUUCGAAAUUUUUUUCGCCUCCAAUAAACAUUGGUAAUGGGAAUGAUUGCAGUUAUUAUAGCCGAUGUUCGGACGAAUUUAUCCUCUCUGCUUCUUAUUGCAAACAUCACUUCCCAGUUGGUUUGCUGUAUCAAGAAUUGGAUGCUUCACUUCGGGAACCGCGUGAUUAUCGGCGAAGAGUGGUUGCGUUGUUGAGAAACCUGUUUGCAAAACAUGCUAGUGAUAAACGGUAUAUGGAUACCAGUUCUCAAAGUUGUAUUGCUACACUGUAUUCUCCAUUGAUCAGCUUAGUACUUGAUAAUAUCGCAGAAUUUGAAUCAGCUGCUAAAGCAGAUCCACAGAGUUUGUCACCCAUCGGUCUCACUGCUGGACGAUCGUUAUCCUUACCAUCACACGGAUUAUUGUCUAGAAUGGGAUAUUCUCUAAAAAGCGCUUCCUCGCAUCAACCUUAUGCUGAAAAAGUUGGCCCUUCAUCUGUACCUUGUAUCGCCGGUUUAAUGGAAAAGCUGGAUCGAGGUGAAUCACGAGAUUUAAUGCUGUGUACCCUUUAUUUACUACAUUUCCUGCCACGUAAAAUCCUGCCUGUAAUGGUAUCUCGGUAUGAAUCAAGUGGUUCGUUGAAUAGUUUCAUCUAUUUGUUGCGUAUUGCUCUCGAUUUGUUCAAAUAUCAUGGCAAAGAUCACACUAUGCAACGGACAUCUAAUAAAAUACAAGGCACACGAAAAACGCUAGUAAUUCUGCCGCGUUCUAGCUCGUCCGCUGGAACGCUGGGUACUAAUUCGACCACAGUAGAUAGCCGAACGUCAGUAUCGAGCGGCUUCGCUUCCCUUGGAACAGAUCCAUUAUCGGCAAAGCCAUACAUUGAAACUAACAUAGAGGACGCAACUCCAUUCAGCGUAUUGCAAGAAUCAAAUCUGACUCAAGAGAUAGCUUUGAUUGUUUUAGAAACUGUUCAAGUUUUAGCUCAACAUGUUUCGAGUAUAAUUAAAAAUUCGAUGAAUCCUGAAGGAGGUAAAAGUUUUUAUCAGCUACUUCUUCUUUUGUUAUCACUGCUAGACGAUUAUUGGCCAGAAGCGGUGCGACAUCACGCCCUCGCUGCGCUUGCUGUUUUCGUUGGUUUGUUCCGCAUUCAACUUUUCCAAAGCGGUCCUCUGGAUGGCUUAGCUGUAUUGAUCGAAUCAAUUUUGCUCCAGAUGAAUAGCCGACUUCCGAAAAUACAGAGUGCCGCUGCAGCACUGUUACAUCUGAUUUUUAGAAAUGGCUACGACUGCGCCUCGAAGACAGUACGCCUUCCUAUGGCCAAUUUAAAUGCAACAAAAUCUCCAAAAAUCUUCGAUGUUCAGCGACUUGGUCGACCUGGUUCUCAGACUGGUGUCGCAUUAGCAAGACUGCUUGGAAGGAAAGUUCCUCUGACCAGUAGAGAUCGUUUCGAACACGGACUGAAAAUUUUGGAAAUAUUAAUAAAACCUAUGUCUGGAACCAGACCAACAUAUUUUGAGCGAGGAGCAGAAGAAUUAAUUCAGCAGUUGAGAGGUGUCCUUUCCGCGACUGGUGCUCUUGCGAAAGCUGUUGAUGAUCCUAUUCGAUUGGCAGAUUUGCAUGUACAGUUGGCUGAUAGCUAUCGAGGAUCGGCAGCGUUGAGAAGUGCUUGGUUUGAAACGCUUGCUGAAACGCAUAUUCGUGAGCGUUGGUUUUCCGAAGCAGCUGUUUGCGAAGCUCAUGUCAUUGCUAUCAUCGGUCGAGAGCUUGCCAUUAAUGGAUAUGCGAAAAUUGACUGGGAUUUAUUGGCCUGCAUCAACGAUACAAUAGCCAAGGAAGAAAUUGUAAAUGAUACAGAUACAGAAAUUAUACAACAAGCAGGAUUCAGUUUGGAUACUUUCACAUUAAAAAUAGAAAAGUUGGUUCAUACGUUAAUUAUGGCUGAAAGAUUUGAAGCAGUGGGACCGGUUUGCCGCUUAGCAAUUCCAGUAUAUGAACAACAAAAAAAUUACCGGGCGUUGGUUAACAUCUAUGCUGAGUUGCAACAAGCAUACACCUUAGCGGAUCAAAUGAAAGUUAAUGGCAAGCGACAUCUUGGAACAUAUUUUAAAGUACUUUUCUAUGGAUCAAAACAUUUUGGAGAACAACACGGUACAGAAUGGGUUUAUCGUGAAGUAGGCCAUACUUCAUUGGCAGAAGCUUGUGAGCGCAUGACAGAUUCAUGCCGUUGUGUUCUUUGCCACGACCGAGUACAAAUUAUCACAGGGAGAGAGAUUGAUGAAACCAAAUUAGAAGAGUCGAUAGCGUAUGUACAGAUGAUGCAUGUCGAACCGUGCAUGAGCGGUUGUGAUGUUAGUAGUUAUGAAGCUCAUACAAACAUACGAGAUUUCUUUUAUGAAGUGUCAGUAAUUGACGAAAAAAUAGCAGCCGAUGCGCCGCAAGUUGCUCGACAGGCACUGAAACGUAUUUUUAUUACAGUAGAAGAUAGCUUCCCGAAUACAAGACGCCGUUCACGUGUUGUGAACCAAUUUGAAACAUUCUUGUCGCCGUUGGAAUUAGCAUGUGACAAACUGAUUUUCAAAUCAAAACAGUUACGUCGAACAUUAGAAGCAGCAUCAGCUACCGGCGAAUCAACGAGACAUUUGGAUAUCAAAGGACUGCAACUGCUAUUGCAGGGCGCUGUACAACCUACUGUGAAUGUUGGUCCUCUUGCCUACGCAGAAGCAUUUACAACACCAGCGCAGAAAAUUCUUUAUGGUCCUAGUGGUAUUGAAAAAUUGGCUGAUGCUUUUAGGUGUCUUGUAUCGGUUUGCGCGGAAGCUUUAGAAGCAAAUGAAGCAGCAAUUGGUGAAGACCAAAUUGAAUACCAUAACAUGCUGAAGAACGCAUUCGCAGCAAUGAUGGAAAGGCUUAACGGCUAUUUUGGAGAUAUCGUUUCGUUAGAUGGGGAUAAAACAGACAAGAUAUCCACUCCAAACGAAAUUACCUUAAGGAACUCCAUGCAUAUUUUGGACUCCAUCGGCGGAAUUAGUAAUUAA